CCAGAUUCCAUCCUGCGUUCACAUGUGGAUCCUUGAGUCUGAAGGGGACUUUCUUGAGGGGAAGCGCGUGUGGCUGCGGCCGGGGAAGAAGUAUCUGUUUGGUCGGGUCAAGAAAGAUGGAGUGCGCCACGCCAUCUCGAACAACACAAUCUCACGGAAACAUGUUCUGAUUGAGAUCUCACCCGUCAAGCCCGGCGAUGGGUCGCACAUCCACACCAAGUCAGAGAUCAAUGUGACCGAUCUAGGGUCGAAGCACGGCACUAAAGUCAAUGGGGAAAAGAUCAGUGGGAGUAUGAAGCUGAGAGGCGAGGACCACGAGCUUCAACUGGGGCGGUAUGAGCAUUUGCUACGGAUCGAAUGGCAUCCCACCGUGCUUAGUUUCUCCUUCUCAAGCAAAGAGCUCAAGGCCAAAGAUCCCCUCGCGCGCGUACGCUCCCGGCUGGAAGAUCUCGACAUCAAAACAAUCAUCCCCUAUGUGGUCGACAAGACGACGCACGUAGUUCAGACCAAACGAAACACGGCAAAGGGGUUGCAGGCAUUGGUGAAUGCCAAGCACAUUGUUCAGGAUACCUACGUUGACGCCCUCGUAUACGCUGCAACCCCGAGCGACCUGGACAGCCCCGAGUCUCUGUCCCCUCUCGAGGCUGACUUCGACUCGGCAUGGCCGGACCCAGCCGAGCACCUCCCUCCUCCCGGAAAAGAAACGACCCAGCGGCCUAAAGAGGCGUUCGCGCCCAAUCCCGCUCGAUUGAACAUAUUUGAAGGGUUUACAUUUGUUUUCGGUGAUGCCACACAGAUGGAGCAUCUGCAAGACGCCCUGACCAAUGGCCAGGGAAAGGUCUUACUGUAUCAGAUUGAGGACGAAGUGACUACGGCAGAGGAGGUCGCGCAAUUCAUGAGGAACGUUGCAGGGGAUAAGGGACUUGGGAGUCAACGCGACAGCCCUAGCGGUGUGGUGCAUGUCCGGUAUCGUGCCAAAGGUCGCCUCGAGGCUUGGUCCCUGGAGCUCAGCAAUCAAAUCGCACUGCUGACUGACCAGCGUGUGAUUGAGCAGAGCGAAUUCCUCGACGCGAUUUUGGGCAACGAUGCGGCUCCGCUCUGUCAGCCUCUACUUGAAGAGGCCGAGGCCAGUGAAGAGGCGAACGUCGAGUCUACCCCGCAGCCUCAUCAAGGCACCGCUUCUAGUGAGACUGUGGCUGGCGCCGACUCGCAGCCGUCGGAGGAAGUAAGUCAACCGGCAGCACGAAAAUCCAAGCCGCGCGUGCGGGACUUCGUCAGUAAGAUGAAGACCUUUGACGACGGCUUCGAUAUCAGCUCUAUUCCAGUCCACGCACCAGAGGGUAGUGCAGCGACAUCACCUCCGCCAAUGGAAAUGGAACCUGCUUCUGUCCAGGAAUCGCAGCCGCAGAACAGUUUAGACGACGAGGAGGAUCUUGUUUCUAGUCUUCUACCAGGUGCUGCGGCGAUGAAACGUCGACGAGCCGAGACAGUGCGACCGAGUGUAGACGAUGAAGCAUCUCAACUCAAAGAGGAAUCCCCUCGCAAACCUAAGCGCCAGAAAUUAGAUGUGUUGGAGGCCGCCCGACAGCAUCGUCAAGCCGAAGAAGAUGCUCAGCGCCAGCGUCGUGUUGCCGAAGAGGCAUCCUUCCAAAAUUCUCUGCAAGAGGUGGAUAUCGACAAGCUGAAAGGACUCGCCAUUGUGGAGGAGAUGGACAUCAAGCCCAGGAAUGUUGACGGAGAGGACAGUCGAUGGGACGAUCGCUGGAAUGGGCGGAAGAAUUUCAAAAAAUUCCGACGAAAGGGAGACCCCAGUCAGCCGCGCUAUCGCAUCCAGACGGUUAUAGUUCCUUUGGAAGAAGUCAGACGGAAAGACUUUGGGGUAGGCGACCAUUAUUGGGGCGGUGAUAGUCAUCGAUCGACUGAGGUCAUUGUGGCGGACAGCCCUCAGGAGCAAGAGACGACGCAAAGCGGUAUUGUCGUAUCUCGCUCGCAGUCUCUGGCGCGCACAGACUCGCAAGUACCAGCUCCGCGUACUCAGAAACGGAUGCGAGAAGAGCGUGAGGAAUCGGACAGCGACGAUGAACUUCGAUUCCGGUUCCGUCGUCGGCGAUGAUGCUCGAGGAUACCCCUAUUCUUCAU